UUUGAUAUCGACCCCUCCAUCGUUUACAAGCCGCCAAAUACGCUUACGCGCAGCACCACUCUUCUAGCUAGGGCCAGCCUUGUGUGGAUUGGUCCCGCUCACAAGGGGUGUUUUGCGAAGGCAAUACAAAGGCGAUGUCGCCUCCGCCAACUCCCGAAAGUGAGUGAGCUGGAGAGUCUAUAACACCUCUCACUUUCACCUUUGCGACUUAGUAUUGGUGCCACCAGAUAUGGCAAGAGAAACUUGUAGGUUUAAAUUAUCCAUCAAGUCCCACGAGUAGCUAGGGAAAUAAACGGUCACAGACAGCGGAGCCCCACUUGCCACCCGAAGGGCAAAAUACUGUUUCGAUUCGCUCUGGUGUCGAGCACCCCCUUGGGAGUUAAGGAUUUUUUGAGUUAAUCAUUUUUCUUUCCUUCUUCUCUCAAUCAUUUACAUAUUUAUUACAAAAAGUACAAUCUAGAUUGUAAAUUGACGUUGUUUUGAAGCAUUCUAGUACGGUAGUCGUUAGUAUAUUGAAUGAAUGAAUGCGCCGAUCGCCUCAACCGGCGCCGGUGCACUAUGACUCCCCGCCCUGUGCAGCUCCUGUCAACCGCCCCCUCGCUGGUCUGCGCGCGUACAGUUUUUACAGUUCCAUUGAUACGGCGUUAUUAGAUAUUAACUAGAAAUUCGGACAGAAUUUUUAGAAUUCUGCCCUGGGAGGGAGGGAGUAUUUACUUGAUCACCAUUCAGAGCGCAACCAUUUGGGAGCUCUAUCUUGGUGAGCUCUUUUAUCAUACCCUUUUGCUAAGGGGACUCGGGGACGCAGGGAACGGAAUGUUGUUUGACGAUAGAAGGUUGAGCUCUCUGAGGAGUUCUUGUACAGUAGGUAGGAUGGGAAUCUUUUGUGAUCUCUGAAUAAGAGCGACUAACAGGAGGGAACAGAGUUUCCGCCUCCAUACAUCCAAUCCGUUCAGCGGUUUAUUAUAAAAUAAAGAUUGUCGAUUUCUUUUUUAUUAAUAGAUAUUUAUUUUGGAUGAAUGCACCCAAGUUUUAUUUUAGUAAUAAAUCAUUGUAUGCUGUUUUAUUGUAGAUACAUAUUUUUGACGCCACAAACAUUGUAUAGUGUCCUGCAUACAUGUAUAGGCAAGUAUAAGAUAAAACACUGCACCUACCAUGAGGGCGCUCGUCCCAUGAGCGCAGGCCUUUUGGAGGAGACACAGCCGGGGUAUUGGGUGCCAAAGGGCAAGGGAUCCAAAUUCGGGAAUCAUCCUUGCCGUUUCCCUUUCUCUCCCAGUUGUUGGCGCUAGUCAGGGGUCAAUUUGGCUAUAUUCUUCGAAUUCGAUUCCCAUGGAAUAAAGAAUUAUUCUGUGGGAAAUAAUCUCAGGUCCAUCAUGUUAUAUAUCCACUCAUGGUUGGUACCCGAAUGCACCUGUGGCAACAAAUUGUCCUCCCAGAAGGUCGCGACAUUAUUCAGCGGGUGUUCGUGUGAAUGUCGCGAGCUUCUUUCCACAUUGUUUUAUUGUAGAUUUUGCCCUUUGCAUGGACCAAAAAUGGGCAUCGAUCAAACACCUGGGCAUGUUGUGCCCAGGGUUGGUCCCUCCUCAUCCAGCCUUUCAGCCGUAGCUCCUGAGGCAGGCAUUUUUGCAUUGGUACUCCGCAUUUUUGGGCGGGAGCGCGGCGAGUCGACCGAUGUCGCGCAUCGCAGGCACGACCUCCCGCCGGCUUUCUUCGCGGUGCAUCUGAAAACAAUUAAAUAAAAUAAAAAUUUAGUAAACCCGGCAUUAACGCACCUACACUAGCCGACGCGAGAGAUUGAAUAAAAUUUGCUAACUCGAGAAGCUCAAACAAUUCAAUUAAAAUCAAGAUCAAGAAAAAAAAUUAUGUUACUUGUUAUAACGGUAUAUACAGGGUGAUUCGGUCUUUAGUGCGGAUAUUUUUUUUCGUGGUUCUGUAUCAUUAAUAGAAUAUAAAUCUACAAACAGUUCGAUACAUUUUAUGUAAUUUUUUUUUUUUAAUUUAUGUCUCUAAAAUAACAAAAUAAUGUACAUAUUAUUACUAAACAAGAUAUAUUCAGCUUAAAAGUGAUCUGGUGACGUCCUUUAGGUAUCAAACGAAAAUAAAAUAAACGCACAAUAGGGUGACCCUAAAAUUCUGUUCAAAAGUAAAUAACUUUAGCUAACGAUAAUUUUGUUAUUUUUGAGUUAAAAAAAAAAAGAAAAAAUACGUGAUCAUUAAAUUUUGUUUAUGUACAAAAUAUAAAAAUAUCCGCACUAAAAAAAUUUUCUUCCUGUAUAAUGUUUCUUUACUUUGUUAUCGAGUAACGGGAAGGACGGCCAUUUUUUUGAACUAGAAUAAUAAUUUGGUGCUGCAAGAGUAAAAAUUAAAAACAUAACCUUCCUUGGCAGUCGAGUGCCACUUGCCACGAAAACUUGGCAAAAAAUAACAUUUUCUAGCAAUACUCCACUUCCGCAACCAACACAUGCUUAAUCUUCCAUGUCCAAAAGUCCUUGUACUAAAGUUUCCCCUUCUUGAUUCUCAGCCAUGAAGGGGAGGAAACUUAAAAAAAAACAAAAUGUACUAUAUGUAUAUAUGUAUGUAAAUUACCGUAAGUUUAGCUUUCUAGGGUUAAAUUAAUGAAUACUGCAUGAACAAAGAACAAACAAAAACAAAAACGUUAAUUUUUAUCACAAGUGAUAAAAAUAACAAUAAUCAGAAGUAACUAUUUACUAUUUUUCACAGAAAUUCACAAAAAUAUAUCACUACCACAUUCAACUGAGACGUCACACUCAAAAUCUAGCUAACGCUGGACUGUCAAAAUUUUUUACUUUUUAAUUUUCUAUGAUCGAAUACUUGGGACUAAACAUUUUUUAAUGGCAAUUUUAAUGGAGAAGCGAGAUAAAAUAUUCAAGAACGACUGAGAAGAAAAAUUUACGCUUUAAUCUAAGACGAAUGCUUUGUACCGCUGGCUGCCACAUGACUAAUGUAUAACGCGUGUGACUGCCAGCGGCACAAAGUUCAGUUUGCGAUAAGUCGCCGUUGUGGCAUUCAUAGGCCGGGUUCCCACUACGCCGGACCGGCAGAUCUGCCGAAAACCGGACACCGGACAGAGUGUUCACAUUACAUCGGAUCCCGGAAGAAAUUCAGACAGUCCUCAGUUGAAUUUGGACCUGCGCGCACAAUGGACGACGAAAUUGUUGUGUUGUGGUGGUAUCUUAAUAGAAGGCAAAAUAAAAGAAAACAUUGGGUACACCCUAUUUUACGGGAAAGAUUUUCACUUGGAACAUUUGAAACAUUAAUGGGUGAACUUAGAAGAGACGAAUCAAAGUUCUUCAAUUAUUUUCGAAUGAUAGCAACCACUUUUGACGAUUUACUGGGACGACUAGACAUAAGAGUACGAGAUACAAGUUUCAGAGAAUGUAUUUGCCCAGAACAAAGAUUAGCCAUAUGUCUAAGGAAAAAGAAAAUAGAAAAAAAAAGGGAAGUAAGGUUUGGAUACAUCCGAUUUUAGAAAAAAGGGAGGAAUAUGGCGCGUUUCAUACACUUGUCAAGAAUCAAUUGAGAGAAGAUGAAGACAAGUUUUACAAUUAUUUUAGAAUGCAGAAAACUACAUUCGACAACUUGCUCCAAAAAUUAUCCCAGGAACUAAAACAUCAAGAUACUUUUAUGCGAGAGAGUAUAUCGCCCGCAGAAAGAUUGGCUGUAACUCUGAGGUAUCUAGCAACAGGAGAUACCUUUACUGACCUAUACUACAGCUAUAGAAUUGGAUUAAAAACCAUAAGUUGCAUCGUACGUGAAGUAUGCCACUACAUUUGGUUAGAACUGUAUAAAGAAUAUAUGAAAAUGCCAUCUAAAGAAGACUGGCUACACAUUGCAAGCAAAUUUCAAGAAUCUUCCAACUUCCCGCUGUGCUUAGGAGCGGUCGAUGGAAAACACAUCAGACUUAUUAAGCCAAUUGAUAGUGGCUCGAUGUUUUUAAAUUACAAACAUUUUUUUUCUAUAGUUUUGAUGGCAGUAGUAGAUAGCGAUUACAACUUUAUAUUUGUUGACGUUGGCGCCUACGGAAAGGAGUGUGAUUCCAGUGUGUUUAAAGAGACCCCAUUUUGGAAAAAUUUAACAAACAACGGAUUAAAUCUACCCGAUGCAACACGUUUGCCUGGAAUUGACUACGAUUUGCCAUAUGUGUUCAUUGCGGACGAAGCCUUUGCUUUGCAUUAUCACUUGCUUCGUCCAUUUGGUGGUCAUCAGCUUGAUCAAUUAAAACGUACAUUUAACUACAGACUCACCAGAGCGCGAAGAUUUGUUGAAUGUGCGUUUGGCAUUUUAUCCAAUAAAUGGCGAAUUUUUCACCGGCCAAUGAAUGUGUCCAUCGAUUUGGCAGUUGAUAUUGUGAAAACAUGUUGUGUUUUGCAAAAUUUUAUACAUAAGCAGGAAAACUUUCAGUUUCACAAUGCGAGUGAAAAUGAGUCCACCCUUGAUUCAGAAUCGGAACUAAUCCAGUUACCUAUCACGAAUGCAGUUCGCGGAAGUUUGGCGGCUAAUGAAGUUCGCAACAGAUUUGCACAAUAUUUUGUAUCUAACGAAGGUCGCCUCUCCUAUCAAAACAACUAUGCAUAAGUAAAAAGUUAAUAAUUAAAUAUCUGUAACUUACCAAA